AUGUUUUAUAAGAACCUUAAUUUGAUAAUAGAUAAAAAAGUUAAUGCUCCUUCAAUAUUUUUUAUUGGCGCUGGAGGAGUUCCUUUAGAAAUCAUUGAAACUGUUCAAGAUCUUGAUGAUUUACUCCAAAAAAUUGAAAGUGUUAAAUUAAAAAGUGGUAUUAAAUUUACUAACAAUUCUCAAGCAAGCACCGCAGUGUCCAAUUUCCUUUCAAAUGAACAACAAGCUGUCGAAUGUGAAAACGGAGUUUGUAAAAUGAAGCCAGAAAUAGAAAAAGAAACUAAAAUCGAAAAACCUUCUAGUUCCGACAUGCCAGACACUACCACUUCAUCAAAUCUAGUUUCGAAUGAAGAAAAUGUUAAGGGUGUCAUGGAAGGUGAAGAAUAUAAAAAACCGGAAUUAAGUAAAGAAGAAAGAAUUGAAAAAGCGAAAGAGAUGAUUGAAAAAAAUAGAGAAAUGAAACAAAAAGAGGAAGAAGAAAAAGAAAAAUCAAAAGAAAUUGAACGUCGUAAAAUGGGACAGGAUGUCCAAAAAAUGAAACGUUGGCAAGAAGACCAAGAAUUUAAACAAAUGGUAGAAGCUAGAGAAAAAGAAAAGAAAGAACAACAAGCGGCCAGACAACGAGUUUUAGAGCAAAUCCAACAAGAUAAAGCGGAUAGGGCAGCAAAAUUUUCCAAUCAAUCUCCAACAUCUCCCCAAGUAAACAUUCCAGCCCAAAAAACACCUCCGUGUAACUCUAACAUCGUUCGUAUACAAUUUAAACUCCCCGAUGGAAGCUCCCACAAUCACGAAUUUACCCCAGAUACGAAAUUAAGCGAUCUCAAAGCUUAUAUUCGUUCAAAUAUAGCAUUAACGUUUAACAAUUUCUUAUUGGCAACGAUGUUUCCAAGAAAAGAAUUUUCCGAGGAAGAUGAUGAAAAAUCGUUGAAAGAUUUAGAGUUGUAUCCAAGUGCAGUUUUAUUAAUUUUGCCACUUUCUCAUGGGGCUGUGUCUACAAACUCUAAUACAGGAAUAUUUAGCGCGUUUAUUUGGUCGGUUAUAGGCCCUAUUUUAAAUUUGUUUAGUUAUAUUAAGGGAAUGUUGUUUGGAGCGCCAAGGCCUAAGGAAAAUGAUGGUAGUGGAAAUGGUAAGCGGUCGACUGAACAAGGAGAAUCUUCAAGGUCUCCGAAACGAAGAGCUGGAGAAACGACCGCUAUAAGAAGACAAGGAAACAUUCAUCGUUUAACUGAUAAAACGGACAGCGAUGAUGAUAACAACACCUGGAAUGGAAAUUCUACCCAACAAAUGUAGAAUUUUCUAAAUAAUUGAAUUUAUCCAUCUUGCUGAUUAUCACAUUGUUUGAAGAUUGCCUUACUAUAUUCGAGUGUGAUGCAACUUACUAUUUUAUUCCUAAAAUUAAUGAAAAAAAAAUCUUCAAGUUAAGAGAUAUUUAUUAGCAUUAUUUCAUAAUAAUUUUAUCAGCAAUCUACUACUUUAUAAAAGAGAUUAUUAUUUAAUUUUCAUUUAUCUCGAUUAUUUAGUUGUUUGCUGCUAAUAUGCAAUUAUUGGAAGUUGUAAAUAAUGAAUUAAAUAAAUGUUUUUUUUGCAACUAAUAA